UGCCUCAGCCACCCAAAUACAGGACUUCCUCAUUCUGGCUGUCUUCCUAACAAGACUAUGGCUGAUAACAGCAGUGAUGAGUACGAAGAGGAAAAUAACAAGGUCCUAAGGGAGGGAAUGCCACAGGCUCCAGGCCACAGAGGCAAAGACAUGGACCCCAUCCCAACUGCCCCUGCAAGUCCCAAGCGCCACCAGACCCCUUCUCAUGGACUUGAGAGGGUGGGUUGGUACAUAGACAGCCAGAAGCUCAGAAAGGAGAAAAAGAAGACCUCACAGUUGACACCUCAACGGGGCUUUAGUGAAAAUGACGAUGAUGAUGAUGAUGACGACUCAUCUGAAACUGAUUCUGAUGAUGAUGAUGAUGAUGAAGAGCAUGGAGCCCCUUUGGAAGGGGCCUAUGAUCCUGCAGAUUAUGAGCAUUUGCCAGUUUCCGCUGAGAUUAAGGAACUCUUCCAGUACAUCAAUAGGUACACACCUCAGUUGAUUGACCUGGACCACAAACUGAAACCUUUCAUUCCUGAUUUUAUCCCAGCUGUCGGAGAUAUCGAUGCAUUCUUAAAGGUACCACGUCCUGAUGGAAAGCCUGACAACCUUGGUUUGUUGGUAUUGGAUGAACCUUCUACAAAGCAGUCAGAUCCUACCGUCCUCUCACUCUGGUUAACAGAGAAUUCCAAGCAGCACAACAUCACACAACAUAUGAAAGUAAAGAGCCUAGAAGAUGCAGAAAAGAAUCCCAAAGCCAUUGACACAUGGAUUGAGAGCAUCUCUGAGUUACACCGUUCUAAGCCCCCUGCGACUGUGCACUACACCAGGCCUAUGCCUGAUAUUGACACAUUAAUGCAGGAGUGGUCCCCAGAGUUUGAAGAACUUUUGGGCAAGUUCUCGGCGGACACAACAUCCCUGUUGGCAUGUGGUGCUGAGGAUCGAACCCGGGUCGCAUGCAUGCCAGGCGAGCGCGCUACCGCUUGAGCCACAUCCCCAGCCCCAUAAUAAAGUUUAUAUACAGGAAUAGAUUUUUAAGACAAAUCAUGAAAAUUUUAGAAAAAAAAAUUAUGGAGAAUUUGCCCUGUCAGAAACCAGAACAUAUUAUAAAAUUAUAGUACAUAAGAAAAUCAAGGAUUGGAUGUUUUCUUUGAUAUGCAGAAGAUGGGGGGAAAAGAAUAUUAAAAAAACAAAGGGCUGGGCUCAGUGGUAAAGCACUUGCCUCACACAUGUGAGGCACUGAGUUCGAUCCUCAGCACCACAUAAAAAUAAAUGAAUAAAUAAAGAUAUUGUGUCCAUCUACAACUAAAAAUAUUUAAAAAAAAAAAAAGGUGGGGGAGAUCUCAUGGAUACAAUAGAGGAUAAGGAUCAAAGAGGGACGGAGAAGGUGAGGGCAUGGGAAAGUCUUGGGGAAUGAAACAUCAAGUUAUGCUGUGUCUUUGUAUAACACAAUGAAUCAUAUAUGUAAGGCACUAAUUAAAAUAAUAAUAGAAAGGAGAUCAAUAGAGUAAGUAGGUCAGGGGAGGAAAAGGCAAAAUACUGGGGAAUGAGAUUGAUCAAAUUAUGUUAUAUACUUGUAUAAAUAUGACAAUGUAUCCCACUACUAUGUGUAACUAUAAUGUACUAAUGAAAAUAAAUGAAUAUAAAAAAUUAUAGUAAAUCAAAUAGAAAGUUACUGGAAUAGGAAUAGGUCAGUGGCACCUAUUAAUCCAGAAACAAACCCAUGUAUAUAUGGGAGUUUCAUAUAGAAGUUUUUGUUUGUUUUAUAUUUUGUAGCUCAGGGGAUUUUGAAUUUAUGGCCUUAUACAUGCUAGGCAGGUGUUCUUAUACUGAGCCACACCCCCAGCCCUUGAUCAGGGAAUUAAAUAGCUAGAUUGUAGUACCUCCAUUCAGUGAAAUACUAUGCAAUGGUAUAUUAUUUGGUGUUCUUUGCUCUGAUAUGAAUAAAUAACAAUGUAUGUA